GUUUCCGAAGUGAAUCAUUACAAGCGUCUAUAUGUAGAGAAGCAUUUAUUAGGUUCGGGAGGUUUUGGGAAAGCGAUCACGAUUUACGGGAAUUUGUGCUCCGAUAGUCUGAAGAAUAUUCUUCAAAACAAACCACAAGUAUUUGGUCGACAACCGGAAGAACCCAUGAAUUCAAUCGAGUUUUACAUUUCGUGUCAUAUAUUCAAAGAAAUCUUAGAAUGCGUUCAAUAUUUACAUGAAUUGAAUCCUCCGGUCAUUCAUAGAGACCUCAAACCUGACAAUAUAUUAAUUUCAUCACAGCUUAGGAACGGGAGGUUUAUUAAGAUAUGUGACUUUGGUUUGGCGUCACUGCACUCAAGUUCCUAUAGUAGUCAUACCACAGGAGUGGGCACUCGUCAAUACAUGGCACCGGAAUUCCCCGAU